AUGAUUCUGAUUGUGGUGGCCGUGUCUCUCUGCAUGAUUGCUUGCCUUACUUCGGUGUCCAUUUCGGGCACCAAGAUGAGAAAGAUCAUCAGCGAGCCAUCACUGGCUGCCUUUGCAGUACGGAAAUUCUCCCCAUCCUUCUCUUCCCGUCGCAAGAACAAAUCCUCCACCUCCAUCCGUACUGCAGGGCUGGCUCAGCCUCCAUAUCCCCCCGUGUCCAAGUGUCCUAGUGAAGCUUCAAUUAAUGAACAUCAUGAGGAGUUGAACUGCUCAUUGUCACUGGAGGCUGUGAGUGCUGAGCCUCUCCGUUGUUCAUCCAAUCAUGAAGGGAAAGAGCUUAUGAACAUUGUUCUGCCUGUCAGUGUGGACACAGCCUUCAAUCUCCUCUUCACUGCUUCCAAGUUUAACUUGGAUUUCUUGGCCCUCCAGAAAACUUAUGACAUCAACCUUGGCCAGUGGAAAGAAGGCAAGAAUAAGGGUGAGAAGACACGCAAGUGUUCUUUCACCAUCACUCUCAACAAUCCCCUUGGUCCUAAAACUGCACUGUGCACUCAAGAGCAG